AUGAUAGACAGUGAAACAUUUUUUGCAAAAUAUUUGCUAUCCCCGCGAAUCUAACAAACCGAAUCAGAUUAAAGACUCACAGCUCUUAAUGCUGUUUAAACUAGAUUUUCUCCAGAUAGAAAGAUAAAAUCCUCUUUUCUGUAGGAUGAAAUUUCAUUUGCACCUAAAAAUUCAUAAUUACUCAGUCAAACUAUUAGAUCGCUGCUUAAAAACAGCUGGGACUUAGUUGAAGCUAUUAAAGAAAAAAACUUAAUCGAUCCCCAUUUGCAAUACCAUUUAAGGAAAUUCAAAAAUGAUCAUGAAAGUGUAAGUGAUCUUAUUAACAGGAAGACUUUUGAUAAUAUGGAACAUCUCAAUAUAUAUAAGGAUUAGAUUAAUUAAUUAUAAACUGAGAUUGUUAACUUAAAUGAAAAAUGUAAACAUAGAAAAGUAUGUUUAUAAAAGCUGAAUGACAUUUUAAAUCGAAAAGAAGAAGAACUUUUACAUUUGACUCACUCCUUAAAUGAUUUUUAAUUAGAAAAUUAGGCAUUAUAAAACUAAUAGGAAGAAUUAAAUUGUUAAAAUAUUCAAUUGAUUGAAGAAUUGUAAAAUGUUAUAAGUACCUCAUAAUAAACCAUAAGCCAACUUAAUUUAAAAAUAAGAGAAGGAGAAAAUAAAUUUAUAUAAUUAAAAUCUGGCAAAGAACAAGAAAAUCAUACAUAGCUAAAUUAAACUAGUAAAUAAGUUGAAGAAAUUGAUUCAAUUAGGUUAAAACUGAAAAAACAGGAGUCUUAAAUAGGGUUGUUAACAGAACAAAAUUAAGAAAAACAUUUUGAAAUCGAAUCUCUUAAUUAAUCAGUAUUGUAAUGUAAAGAAUAAAUCAAAUAAAAUGAAUUUGAAAUAAGAAGAUUCAAAGAUUUAUGUGCAUCUUAAGAAGACAAACUAAAUUAACAGUGUAAUCAAGAAACCUCGACUUUGUUACUAUUUACAUAAAGAGAAAACGAACUUACUUAAGAGUUUAAUAAUAUAUAAAAAGAACUUUAGCAAUAAAUAGCAUAGUAUCAAAAAGAUCAAGUUGAACUAAAAGGAAAAAUUACUUCACUUAUUUAGAAGGAACUUCAUUUAAAUUAAUAAAUCAAACAACUUGAGGAUAGUUAAGAUAUUCAAGAAAAAGUAAGUAAUAUAUAAAAAUAAGAAAAGGAAUUGGAAAGUCUCAAAUCACUAUCUUAAAAAUAAAACUCUUAAUUGGAGAUCUAUUAAGAAUAAAAUUACCAACUAAAGUAAGAUAAAGAACUUUUGAGUACUGAAUUAAUAACUUUAAAAGAUUAGAUAAGACUUUAUGAAGCAGAGAUCAAAAGACUAACUGAUUUACAAGUAUCUUAAGAGGAUUAAUUAAAAGCCUAUUCCAACUAGACAAGUUUUAGAUCAAAUGAAUAAGAAUAAUAAUAAAAUUCAAAAUAAAUAGAGUAGAAAUCUAUAUAAUAAAAAGAUUAUUAGGAUUUAUAGGCUAAGCUAUCCUAAAUUAUGCAAAAAGAAAUUUUAUCACAUCAGAAGAUUAAGAUUCUUGAGGAUUAAGUAAGUGAACUAGAAGAAUUAAAUAAGAAUUUGCUUGAAACAAAUUCAAAAUAGAAAAAAUAAUUGAGUAAUUUAAAUUAAUAGUGCUAAUAACAUGAUAUUUAGUUCGAAUUAUAAUUCAAGGAAAGAUAAACUUUAGAAGAACUUAUAGCAUAAAAUAAGUAAAAACUAAUAUUUCUCGAAGAAAAACUAAAUUAAUCUAUUUUUACCAUCUAAUAAUAUGAGCAAUAAAUUUAGAAUUAACAAUUACAAUUAUCUAUUCUGAAUCAAACUCAAUAAGAGUUGUAAUUCUAUUAAUAAUAGUUCCAAGCUUUAAGCACGAAUUUUGAUGAAUCAAAGUUAUAAAUAGAGAGAGUAUUGAAAUAAAAAGAAGAUCUUGUUGUUUAACUUGAAAAUACAAUAAAUACAAACAGUUAAUUAUAAACAUCAAAUAAAACUCUUGAAUAAAAAUACAAAUUGAUUGAAAAUAAUCAUUCUAGCUUAACAUAAGAGAACAAAAGACUUUAAAAUUGGUUGAAUGAUUCUAUUAUUAUCAGUAAAUAAAAAGAACUUGAAAACUAAGAAUUGCAAAAAUUAAAUGAAACAUGUCAUAAAUAAAUAACCUAAUUAUAACAUUAAUAUACAUAAUUAGAAUAAUCAUAUCAUUAAAUAGAAUCAGAUAAACAAGCAAUUAAUUUACAAUAAAAUGAAAAUUCUAAUAUAUUAGAAUAAUCAAUCUUAGAAAAUGAAAGCAAAUUGACAAAGUUAUAGAAAUACAACUAAGAUUUAAAAGAAGAAAUUAAUUAAUUAAAAACAAAUUAAAAUGAAAAGGAGCACUUAUAUGCUUAAACUGUUAAAUAAUUUUAUCAAAAAAAUUAAGGUAUAAUUUAUAAUUUAUACUUUAGAACAAAAUACAAAAAUAAGUGA